AUGGCAGGGGACCUCGUGGUCGGGAUGCUCUAUAACUUAUUACUACCACUGCUCCUGCUGACUGCAUCUUCGUUCCGCUACAAUGGUCUGUCGGUGGUGUAUUUCCUGUUUUUGCUCACUUUGCCGCUGAUGCCGAACCCCAGCCUGGUCACCAUGAAAGGUAAAACAGGUGAGUUCUUGAGGCAGCUCAGCUAUACGAGCUUGACCUUCCUGACCCUGCAGUGCUUCAUGCAGAUCCCCUUCGCCUACAUCCCUCCACACGUUAGCGGCCACUGGGAAGAUGUCCUCUAUCAUUUGGGCAUUAUAAGGUUCAGCUCGGUUGACGCUGGGAACGUUGUGCGUCUCCUGGCUCCAGAUGUGGGCCUCCUCUUCUCUUCCCUCUUCGUCAUGAGGCUGUGCAAAAAACGACUGCGCACCGUGCCCCAAGUCACUCUGCAUGAGAACGGAGUACCGCCGUCUGACCCCGAGGAAGUGGAAACAUCUGAAACAGACUCUGAGGGAGGAAGCGAAACGGAGGGCUCGUCCUUUGACAGCUCAGAUGAGACCACGGUGCCGGUUCAGUCGGCUCCGCCCCAGUUUGUCCAGAAGCUGAUCGUUUUUGCAGCCGGACUGAGGCUGCUGCUGGCAGCAAUCAUGAACACAGCAGGGAAAGUGGUGGUGACUUUACUGCUGGGGCUGGCAGGUAUCACACUGCCAUCCCUCACCUCAGGUGUGUAUUUCGGGGUGUUUCUCGGGCUGGUGUGGUGGUGGGUGUUCAGCCGCUCCAUCAGCCUGCUGCUCUUCAGCUCCCUGUGCGUGAUGAUGGCAAUCUUCAGUGGAGGACACCUGCUGGCUCUGUACCUCUACCAGCUGCCUCUGUCCCAGCAGCUCGUGCCCCCAGAAGAUGUCUACGCAAGGUUGUUUGGUAUGACAGGAGUGGUCAGAACCAACGGUUCAGACCCGCACGUUCUUGGUCUGCACCCACACGUCAGCUGGCCUGACUUCAUCAACCCUUUGGUUCUACUGCUGCUCUACUACACACUAGUGGCUCUGCUGCACAAAUGGGCUCACAUCACGGAGGAUACUGUUGAUGAUGAGGAGUGUGACAGUCCAGUGGAAAGUCCAGAGGCUCCUCCAAGCUUCUCCAGGGUCAUCUACAUCUCAGGAGACAAGCAGGAGCUUUUGAGCAGCACGGAUGAUGAAACCUAUUUGACGGAAGAGAAACAGACGGAGGGGGAGAAGUGGGAGAAAACAGUGAGGAGAACCUGA